AUGGAAAACCAAAACGAUCCUGCCCCCCAAAUAUCUGGAGUCGCCACAGCGGAGACCGUGGCGACUAUUGAAAACAUUAGCAAGGAAGAAAGGCAGACAAGAGAGGAUGUGAGCUCAUUGCCUGCUCCGAUACCGUCUAUCGCAUUCGGCGACAACGCAGAUCUGCAAGGGAUAUCCAAUGAGCUGGGGGCUGACUUUGUGCUUGGUGUCACUGAUCAAACUGAAAUGGAAAGAGCUAUCAUGGCACAGGCAGAUGAAGCGCUAAGACAACGAGAAACCGAGGCGGAUGUAAAGCGCCUAGCGAAAACACGAAAGAAACUUGGAGAGCUUCAAGGUAAACUUGAAGAGCUAGAGGACAAGGCGAGCGACCAUCACGCAAACUCUAGCGUUGGACGCGGUAUUGAUCGACGCAUGCAGCGCAUUACCGACCAGAUUGAGGAUUUAGAAGCGCAAAAACGCCAGAUUAUCGCUCGGAUGCGCAGAAGCUCGCUCACCUCUGAAGGUCCGGAGUCCGGAAUUUCGGGGAAGGAAACGGAACGGGAGCGCUUGAUACGUACGGGAAAGAUAACACCGUUUUCGAGCAUCGCAGGAUUAGAGCGAUCUGUUAAUUUUCAGGGCCGUACUUCGCACGAUGAGGACACUGCAGCGGAUCGGGUCGCUGAAGAUUUGCCUGUCGACAUGUUACCGAAUGCAGACAUUGGAGCGAUACGAGAUGAGGAAAGGGAUUCCCGCCGGAGGGAAAGCAAACGAAAGCGGUCAUUUGAUGAGCGAGAUUAUGAGGACUCCGAAGAACUGGAGGAGAGCGACCAGGAUGUGGCCAGUGCAACCGCGCUAUCGACGGAUGAUGACGAACGCAUGCUUGAGGGUAGCGCCGACCACUCACAGCAUGGGAGAAAAGGACGCUACGUAGACCGGCAUGUGGAUGACGGUGAUGAAACUGUAUACCAAAAGCGAAUAUCGGCAUGGGCUCGACGUCGGCGACUAAAACGCCUUAGACAUGCGGGUAACGUGGAAGAUGAAAACCAUCGGCACUUGCUGGACGCAGAUCCCGAACAAGAGAUGUUUCAACCGUCUCCGCACGAUGAUGACGCAGAGUUUGAAGGGGGCUAUCGUUUACCUGGUGACCUCUACAAUGCGUUGUUUGAUUACCAGCGGACGUGCGCUAAGUGGCUGUGGGAGCUACAUUGUCAGGAAGCUGGAGGUAUCAUUGGGGACGAAAUGGGAUUGGGCAAAACCAUUCAAACUAUUGCCUUUCUCGCCGGCCUUAGCGCUUCACGUUUGCUUAAUGGACCGAUAUUGAUUGUCUGCCCAGCGACCGUACUAAGACAAUGGGUCCAAGAGUUCCACACAUGGUGGCCACCGCUCCGGGUUGCCAUUCUUCAUUCUACAGGCAGUGGUUUAGCAGAAUCUAUACCAGCUGGAGAUUACGAGGCUUCACGCAGUCUGGAAGAAGACAUAUUUGAUGAUGAUGAUGACGAAGGAAAAGGAGAAGAUGACCGAAAUGGCGAUCCUUAUGAAGACAGAAGAGGAGGUGUGAGAAAGCCCACAGUGAAGAAGGCGCCUAAGAAAAGAACAAAACUAUCGGCAAAAGCUACAAAGAUGCUGAGCAAAGCGCGCGCGUUGGUGGACCGUUUAGUGAAGCAUGGUCAUGUAAUUCUUACCACUUACGCUGGUGUGCGAGUAUACUCGUCCAUACUUCUUCCGGUUAAAUGGGCGUAUUGUAUUCUUGAUGAAGGACACAAGAUUCGCAACCCGGAUGCCGAGAUUACGCUCGCUUGCAAGCAGCUAAGGACACCCCACCGCAUUAUUCUCACCGGAACUCCAAUUCAAAACAACCUGACGGAGCUAUGGUCGUUGUAUGAUUUUGUAUUCCCUGGCCGACUUGGGACUCUUCCGGUAUUCCAAUCUCAAUUUGCAAUUCCUAUUAGCAUUGGGGGUUAUGCGAACGCCAGCAAUGUGCAAGUUCAAACGGCAUAUAAGUGUGCCUGCGUAUUACGAGACCUGAUCAGUCCCUACCUCUUACGGCGCAUAAAAGCAGACGUUGCGGCUGACCUACCGAAGAAAAGCGAACAGGUCUUAUUCUGCCGAUUGACGAAACGGCAGCGCCAGGAAUACCAGGCAUUCCUUAAAUCGAAUGAGGUUGUUAGCAUUCUACAAGGUCGACGGCACGCGCUGUAUGGAAUUGAUAUUUUACGUAAGAUAUGCAAUCAUCCCGAUUUGCUAGCCAGGAAUGAGCUUUCGAAGGAUAAAAAUUACGGGGCUCUCGAUCGAUCUGGAAAAUUGAAAGUUGUGCAGGCGCUUCUGAAAAUGUGGAAGAAACAGGGGCAUAAGACUCUACUAUUUUGCCAGACACGUCAAAUGCAGGACAUUUUGGAGAAGUUUAUUAAAACCGAAGGCUACAAGUAUCGCCGUAUGGACGGUACGACGCCAAUAAAGAAUCGAAUCGCCAUGGUCGACGAAUAUAACGAAGAUCCCAGUAUUUAUGUUUUUCUGUUGACGACAAAAGUGGGUGGAUUGGGGAUCAAUCUUACGGGGGCAAAUCGUAUAAUCAUAUAUGAUCCGGACUGGAACCCUUCAACCGAUGUUCAAGCUCGCGAGCGGGCAUGGAGGGUAGGGCAGAAGAAGGACGUGACCAUAUACCGCCUCAUGACCUCUGGGACGAUUGAAGAGAAAAUAUAUCAUCGGCAAAUUUUCAAGCAAUAUUUGACGAACAAGAUCUUAAAAGAUCCGAGGCAGCGGAGGUUUUUCAAGAGCAAUGAUCUCAAUGAUCUUUUUACACUUGGGAGUGCUGACGAUGUAGGGACCGAAACAGGUGACUUAUUUCACGGGACGGAUGCGGAGAUUAAUUUCGAAGAAGCUCAAAUGACGACGGACACCAAAGGAAAGGGAAGAGCGGUAAUACAUACCACUGAGCAGAUUGAAAAUCUUUCAACCAUCAACGAUCUGGAAAAAGUGGAUAGCUACCAUUCGCCAGAGGAAGCCCACACGUCAUCACCGCAAGAAGCACGUUCUGGCGAUGUGAUCUCCCUAGAAGACGACGAUUCUCGAAUGUUGAGGGCUCUCUUCUCAAAGUCUGGGGUUCACUCUGCUCUGCGACAUGACGUCAUAGUAGAAGCUGCAAGUCCGGAGACUGUCAUUGUGGAAAAAGAAGCAUCUCGGGUAGCAAAUGAAGCUGUAGCGGCUUUGCGUCGAAGUCGAAGACGUAUACGGCAGAGAGAAGGCAUCCACGUACCGACAUUCACAGGAAGAAGCGGAGCAGCAGGUGCACCUGCCUCCGUUUCUGCCGUACACGCUCCGAGAAGAUUCGGGCCGAAAGCGACCGGUGCAACUCCAGCGACCAGCGGGUCUGUAUCACCGAACCCGGCUGCGUUAUUUGGUAGCGGUAGUUCUUCAGGAUUCCGCAAUGUCCAGGCUGGUACUGACUUUCCGCAGACGGCUGCACCCACAACCGAUUCUGUCGGAGCACCAAGCUCCUCUGCGAUAUUGGUCAAUCUACGCAAAAGAGCUGCUAUUGAACGUAAUAGCGACGGUAUUGCUAGAGUACCGAUUUCUAAUGAGGACAUAGACGUAGCGUCGAGAGAAGGAUUGGCCGUUCGAAUCAGGGACUUUCUAAGCUCUUGCGGUGGCAGUGCAUCGACCAGUGAGAUAUUAGAGGCGUUCCGCAGCCAGGUCGAUGGGGAAGAUGCUGUCAUGUUCAAAAAGAUGCUGAAAGGAAUCGCAGAGUUUCGACGUGAUCUCGACUCCAAGGGCAGAUGGGUGUUGAAACAGGAGUUUGAAUGA